CUUCCCUCCCCCCUUCGCGCGCGGCCUGUGCGUGCGUUCGUGUUGGGCGGGCGGGCCGGCUAGUUAAAUGGGCGACCUGGCAGGCAGAGACUGCCGGGAGGAGGCGGCAGCGCCGGCGCCGGCGCCGGCCGUAGGCGGGGCCGACCACCUGGUGAUCAUGGUCCACGGGAUCGUCGGGAGCACAGCCGAUUGGAAAUAUGGAGCUGAGCAAUUCCAUAAGUUGCUAGAAGACAGAGUCAUAGUUCAUUGUAGUAACAGCAACAUGCACAAGCUAACUUUAGAUGGCAUUGAUGUGAUGGGUGAACGGUUGGCACAAGAGGUUAUCGAAGAAAUCAACAAAAGACCACAGAUAACAAAGAUAUCUUUUGUUGCGCAUUCCGUUGGAGGAUUGGUUGCAAGAUAUGCUAUCGGAAGACUUUAUAGGCCUCCUGGACAAUCACUUGAAAAUUCUCCUCAAAGUUUGACAGACAGCAACAGAGGCAAUAUACAUGGGCUUGAUGCAGUCAACUUCAUAACUGUUGCAUCACCACAUCUUGGUUCUAGAGGAAACAAGCAGGUUCCUUUCCUUUUUGGAGUUACUGCGAUAGAAAAGUUUGCGUGCUGCAUCAUUCACUUCAUAUUCAGAAGAACUGGCAAGCACCUAUUUCUUACUGAUAAUGAUGAUGGAAAGCCUCCGUUGUUGCAACUUAUGGUGGAUGAUUGUGAGGACCUACGGUUCAUAUCCGCUUUGCAAGCAUUUCAGCGAAGAGUUGCAUACUCCAAUGUUGGUUACGACCACAUUGUUGGAUGGAGGACAUCAUCAAUCAGGGGGGCCUCCGAACUACCCAAGUGGGUUGAUUCGACAAGCAAGAUUUAUCCACAUAUUGUAUACGAGGAACUAUCCAAAGCAGAAACUCUUGAUCAAUGUGCUGAUGUUGCUGAUAUGGACAAGGAUAACUGCACUCUCGAAGAACGGCUUUUGAGAGGACUUAAGCGUGUGUCAUGGGAAAAGGUGGACGUCAGCUUCCAUAAUAGCAAAGCAAGAUCUGCUGCACACAGUGUAAUUCAGGUUAAAGAUCCUGUCGUCCAUAGCGAAGGUGCCGAUGUCAUAAAGCAUAUGAUCGACCAUUUCGUUACCUAGUGGAGUGCCGCCUAUCUCUGGAAACAAAGAUUGUGUUGUGAUCAUACACGAGUUGCUAACUGCGGAGUCGCUGAGCCUGGUGAGCACGUUUAUGGCAAUCCCAGGAAUCAAGUGUCAGAUAGACGGCGUUCAGAAAGUUGAUAUAUAAGUAAAUAUAUAUAUAGGGUCGUGGCAUGUCGUUCACUAAUCUUUCGCAAUUAUUAUGCAAUAUGUAUGUUGUGCGGUUUGAGCAUAGUAUCGGCUUUGUGCUUGUAAAUGUCCACCAUUGUUUUAUCAAUGUUGAUACGUUGGCGCGAGUUUUUCAAGGGGAAACGUCGCAAGGAUACUGGUGCAAAGGCACACCUGAUAUUUGACAAA